UUGUGGCAGCGCCGGCGACACCGGGCGGUCGGGCCCCACCAGGUACCCGCUCCCGCGCUCAGCCGGGUGCAAGCCCCCUUGAAUUUUCAAGAUGAAUUAUACUGAGUCCAGCCCAUUGGCAGAAUCCACUGCAAUAGGUUUUACACCUGAGUUACAAAGUAUCAUACCUGUGCCUUCCAAUGAAACCACUUGUGAAAACUGGAGAGAGAUACAUCAUCUAGUUUUUCAAGUAGCAAAUAUUUGUUUUGCAAUUGGGUUGGUUAUUCCAACUACUCUUCACCUUCAUAUGAUACUUCUUAGAGGAAUGUUAGCUCUAGGAUGUACCUUUUAUAUCGUCUGGGCCACUCUCUACCGAUGUGCCUUGGAUAUAAUGAUCUGGAACUCUGUGUUCUUGGGGGUCAACGUUUUACAUCUUUCAUAUCUUUUGUACAAGAAAAGACCGGUAAAGAUUGAAAAGGAACUCAGUGGCAUCUACCGGCGAUUGUUUGAACCACUCCGUGUGUCCCCAGAUUUGUUCAGAAGAUUAACUGUACAGUUUUGCAUGAUCCAAACCUUGAAAAAGGGUCAGACUUACGCUGUAGAGGACAAAACCUCCGUUGAUGACCGCCUGAGUGUCCUUCUGAAGGGAAAAAUGAAGGUCUCCUAUCGAGGACAUUUUCUGCAUAACAUUUACCCCUGUGCCUUUAUAGAUUCUCCUGAAUUUAGAUCAACUCAGAUGCACAAAGGUGAAAAAUUCCAGGUCACCAUUAUUGCAGAUGAUAACUGCAAAUUUUUAUGCUGGUCAAGAGAAAGAUUAACUUACUUUCUGGAAUCAGAACCUUUCCUGUAUGAAAUAUUUAGAUAUCUUAUAGGAAAAGACAUUACGAACAAGCUCUACUCACUGAAUGAUCCUACACUGAAUGAUAAAAAAGUCAGUAAGUUGGAACAUCAGCUCAGCCUUUGCACACAGAUCUCCAUGCUGGAAAUGAGGAACAGCAUAGCCAGUUCCAGUGACAGUGAUGAUGGGUUACACCAGUUUCUUCGGGGGACCUCCAGUGUCUCCUCUCUUUAUGUGUCAUCCCCACACCAGCGAGCCUCUGCCAAGAUGAAACCGAUAGAAGAAGGGGUGGAAGAAGACGAUGAGGUCUUUGAACGGGCGUCUCCAGACUCCUUUAAAGUGCACCAGUUGCCUUGAUCAGAGAGAGGAUUCCCAUUACCAAGAUGGAAAUGGUCUUGAAGAGAUCCUGAAAAAUACCAGCACUUUUUUCAUGGCUUUUAGAUUAUUCUGCUCUAGUACAUCCAGACUGGUAGAGUCUGAUGGCAGGAGAGUGGGAAGGUCAAAAAUGGGAAGGUUAUUUUGCCUGUCCAUUUUAUUGGUCAGCUUUUUAGGUAAUGGUUUUGCUGAGCCUUCUAACUGAACCUGGUUCUAUUUUGAGAUAUAUAUUUUCACAGUAUUUUCUAGAUAUAUUAUCAUUUUAACUUAAAAAAUCUUAGUGCUCUUAAUGUACAUGCCUUUCACUUAUUUUUCCAAGCUGUGGUUCUUUUUCCUCACAGACAAUUUGUUCACUGCCAAAGUGAUGGAGUUGUCCAUUUGAUAGGUUUACCAAAGCAAUGCAAAUUUGAAAUUGAGGUUGAGGUAACAUUAAAAAGCAGGGAAUCUCAGGCUUUCUUCAACUGAUUUUUUUAAUGAGGAAUUUUAGAGAAAGAAGUGAUUUGACUGGUGUUUAUUUUUUUCCCAGGCCAGAUGGAUUAUUCUACUAGAUCACCUUACUCAUGUGGGCGUUCUGUAGAUAGCUUGAUAAUGAACAAAACUCAUCAGACUUUACUCACAUUACUCUUACAUUAUUCCAUUUAUACACUGGUCUGAAACCUGAAGCUGGAAAGAUAACAAAUGGUAGCAGUUCUGAGCUCAGUGUCAACCUUCAACUAAACUUGCCUGUGAUUUUGAGCCAUCUUGACCCACACACCCUGGUGUGGGAACCAUUUUACUGGGGGUAGAGAGGACUGGAGAGGCAAGUGGAUGAGAAAGGUGUCAUAAGGAUAGGGUAACUGAAAGAUGAGCUUCAUUCUUUGGCUUGUAUUCUGGAGUUUUAGUUUGUGCCUCCGGAAACACAGAUGUCUCUUUAAAAUAUGUGCCAGAUUCCAAGUGCCAGGGCUCUGAAUGUGAGCA